CGCCCGCGCCCGCAUUCGGCCGCGCAGGGUCUGCGCGCGCGGCGUCCUGCAGGGGGCGCCCUCGCGCCGGGCGCCGAGUGGGGAAAGCGAGUCAGGUCCCGCACGUCCCCGACCCGCCCCGUGACCAGGACGCCGCGCGCGGCCCUUCCGGGCGGCCGUGGUCAGCUUAUAAGGAGCGCGGCCGCCGGGAGGUCAUUGGCCGUCAGCAUCCUCCGCGCGCCCCGCCGCCCCGCCCGCAGAUUUGGCAUUCUACACCGCGGUCAUCAUGAGCUUUUUCCGAAUCCUGAUGAAAAAGAAGGAACUCAUUCCUUUGGCGCUGAUCAUGACGGUGGCAGCGAGCGGGGCGUCAUCCUUUGCUUUGUAUUCCCUGAACCAAAAGACCGAUGUGAUCAUUGAUCGAAAGAGAAAUCCAGAACCUUGGGAAGCUGUGGAUCCCACUGUGCCUAGAAAGCUUAUAACAAUCAACCAACAAUGGAAACCCAUUGAAGAGUUGCAGAAGGUCCGAAGGGCAACCCGAUGACCAGUCCUGCCUCCCUCUGCCAUAGAGUGCUCCGUGAAUCUAGCAGAAACACUUACGCACAAGUGAGAUUAUGAAUCCAGCGUGCAGACAUGCUUCUGCUACGUUUCUAGGGCUUGCCUACAUUUUUGGGCUCUGAAUAAGGAAUUAUAAAGUUGGUGCAGCAAUAACCACAGUCUAAAAAAAUAAAUUUCUUGUUGUAAAUUUGAA